UUGAACAAGCUAAUUUGACACCGAGAGCUGUAAUGUUUAGGGAAGGAUUUAGAUAUACACUGCAGCCUGCUGGGGGAAGCAUACUGUGAUGGAACAUAACACUAGAACGACAUCGUAGCAGUAGCCUUCCACCCUUGAAGAUGAUCGUCUGAAUAUACGGAUUUAACGAUGGUCAGGGGUUUCCCUCAUGAGGAGCAGUGAGGAAAGCAGUGAGAAACAGGCAGAAGCAUUAUCGUCUCAUCAUCAUGUUGAUAUCAAGAACUCUUCGCUUUUGUUGUCAAAGGCGAUUCCUUCUGCCUCUCACAGUCCUAGCACUGGCCUCCCCCUGGCUUCUGAAAGGGGUGGAUUUCACCACCAACCCAAAGACUUAUGAGUGGCCUGUGGAUCCCAAGCACCAAGAGCUGGUGCAUACCUAUGUGCGAAGUGUCUUAAACAGAGAAUGCAGACCUGCAUUUGCCCGAAAAGGAAUUGAGGCCCGGAUUCCCACAAGCACCCCAGUAAUGGAGCCCUUCCUGUGGGGAGACACUCCUUUAACUGAUACAGUCUUCCAAUAUCCACCUCCCUUUGGAUUCCUGGACCUGCAAGACAAACUCAAGGAUAUCCUGAGGCUUCUGCCACCUUCCCCCACCGAGGAACAUCUUGGGAAAGAUUGCCAGCGAUGUGUGGUGGUUGGCAAUGGAGGAAUCUUACGUGGGCUUGAACUUGGAGCACUUAUCGACCAGUUUGACAUGGUUAUUAGGCUGAACAGUGGUCCAGUGCAAGACUUCAGUAAAGAUGUGGGGAACCACACCACCAUUCGGAUGAGCUACCCAGAGGGCAGUCCAAAGGUCUGGGAGGACCUGGACCCAAAGCUGAAAUAUGUGGCUGUGAUCUAUAAGUCUGUGGACUUCCAUUGGCUCAAUGCAAUGAUUACCAAACAAAAAGUGUCACUGUGGGACUGGCUGUUCUUCUGGCAGAAGGUGCCUGAUGACAUCCCUAUAAAGUUGUCACAGUUUCACGUCCUGAACCCGGAGAUCAUCAGGGAGACGGCCUUAGAUCUGUUGCAGUACCCAAAGCCAAAGUUCCGGCUCUGGGGCUGGGACCAGAAUGUGCCAACGUUGGGUGUGUCCGCUCUCAACCUGGCCUCUUACUUGUGUGACGAGGUGAGCCUGGUUGGCUUUGGGUACAACCUCAGCCUGAGGGAGGCUCCGCUGCACUACUAUGACAGUCUGCCCAUGUCUGCCAUGCUUACGCAGGAGAUGCACAAUGUGGACCAGGAAACGGCACUCCUCCAGAGCUUGGUGGCGGAGGGCACCAUCUCGGACCUAACAGGGGGCAUCCUGUGCAGCUUCUGACCCAGCUGAUGCCAGCUCAUUUAAAGGCCCUUAAAGUCUUAUCGAAAGAGGUUGAUAUGAAG